GGUGUGGUGUUGGCACUUGGCAGUCACUAUAUCAUCUCACUGUUCACUAACAUAUUCUGUGCCCUUCAGAGUAAUAGUGCCAUUGCUAUUAUCUCUUCACCAGCUAUAUCUCUUCUUCCUCCACCUGCUGCCAUAUGCUUGUGUAGUCAGUGUUGCAGAAAUGACAAAGAUGAGCAGCAUGAAAGCUGAUGGCAGUGUCCCCAAGAGAAGGAGGCAGGAUGUUCAGAAGGUUGUGGUGUCUUUGAAAGAUCAUAAGGUUGAGCAAGGGCCACCUGCUGACAGUUGGUCCUGGAGGAAAUAUGGGCAGAAACCAAUCAAAGGAUCUCCUCAUCCAAGAGGCUACUACAAGUGCAGCAGUUACAGGGGAUGCCCAGCCAGGAAGCAAGUAGACAAGUGCAGGAAUGAUGCAUCUCUGCUCAUCAUCACCUACACCUCAGAUCACAACCAUGACAACUAUGCUGCUACUACUACAAAUUCAGUCCAAGAACAGGCACAUAAUCCUGACACAAGUGAUCCUCUCAGCAAUGGCAUGUCCCUUGCUGAGGUAGUAACAGUUGCAUCCUCCAAGCUGUCCGGUGAAGAGGAGAGCUGUGACUUCUUUGAUGAGCUUGAGGAGCUCCCAGUGUCUGCAUCUCCCUUGCCAAGCUUAUCUUUCAUGGUCCAAGAGUGCAGCUUCUCUGAUGCAAGAACACUGUUGUAGGGAAAUGCUAAUGGCAAAUUAUUCUAUCAUGACUUUUUUGGGGGUCUAUAUAAUGCAUGUAAGUAGUACUAUGUGCUCAAUUUUAAUAAACUUGGUAAGAUUUAUUAUCUCCAAUCACUUAAUUUUAGGCAUAGAUAUUAUCUUCCCCAUGCAACUUCGAGCACUACUAACAUCUACUGUAACAAUAUAUGUAAAUUCCAUCAGGACUAUGAUAUUAUGAGAGCUCUUUUCAAACAAA